GAUGGAUCUGCCCGCUGCCGCUUCAGCGACCAGUCUGGAAAUUCUGACCACACGGUGGCGCUUCGUGGCCUUCGUCUUGCAGAGUUGCAGAAGGGCGCACUGGUCCAUGUGGCUGGAACGGAAUCCUUUGAUGUUGUUGGUGAAGUGAAAGGUGCCACAACCAGUUCCUUUCAGGUUGAAGUUCAAGGCAAGCUGAUGUCCAAGAAGCCUUCAGAGCUGCUCAAGUGUCAAGUGCAGCCAGGGAUGUUGGUUCGUUGGAAGAAAGCUGGCAAUAAUAUACUAUAUGAAUAUGUCGGAGCGGCCCCAUCGGCCCCAUCGGCCUCGGAAAAGUCACUAUUUGACCAAUUCUUGCACAUUCAGGUUGGCUGUUUGGUGCGUGUCACCUCCCGAGCUGGUUCUGUCGAGCAUGAAGAAUUGGGAGAAGUAAGAUCCAUUGAAAGACCGUCAAUGGAAGAUGAUGGAUCUGCCUACUGUCUCUUCAGCGGCCCUUCGGGAAAUUCCUACCGCACGGUGGCACUUGCUGACCUUCGUCUAGCAGAAUUGCAGAAGUGGGGACAGGUCCAUGUGACUGGAACAGAAUCCUUUGAUGUUGUUGGUGAAGUGAAAGGUGCCACAACCGAGUGCUUCCAGGUUGAAGUUCAAGGCAAGCUGAUGUCCAAGAAGCCGUCAGAGCUGCUCAAAUGCCCACCACGGGAACAACACAUCAUCGGAGAAGUUCAAAAAGGCGCUGAGAGUGGCAAGGUUUCGGUGCAAUUUCCUGGUGGCCACGGUGGUAUUUGGCGUUUUGUCCUUUCAGCUUUGAGACCUUUGCACGUCCAAAAGGGCACAGCGGUUCAACUGACUCACCCAGAAACCUCGCACAUUGCAAAGGGCGACGUUGGACAGGUGACUGGAAAUUUCUCAGAGCACAAAGUGCAGGUGAAAUUUAGUGCUGGUCCGUGGUACUUCACGCCAGAGGAGCUGGAGCCUGCAAAGGAAAGCAGCGGCAAAGCAACGAAGUCAGACUCUGCACAGAAAGGAGGGCAGGCCACUGAGCCGAAAGAUUUCAACGCCGCGACUGAUGCGAAGAUCAAGAAGCUGAAAUCCGUCUUCAAAAAGUUCGAUGCCAAUGGCGAUGGUAAACUCUCUGCAACAGAACUCAGAGAUGUGCUGGAAGCUGUGGCCAAAGGUGACUUGUCACAACAAGAGUGCCAACAGCUUAUGCAAGGUUUGGACAGGGAUCAAAACGGAAACUUGGCAAUACUUCCCAUAGAUUUGAAACAGGGUGAGGGGCUUGUGCUAGUCUUGUGGCUGUUACCCAAAGUAUCGCACAGUUAUGAUAACCGCAGAGUGUUGGGAAGCUCCGGGGAAAAAUGGCCGUGCCAAAGACACCACAACUGUGCUGUUUGCUACAUUUCAGCGGCUGUCUCACCGUACCGACUUGCACUUAGAGACAGAUGGUCUUUAUAUUUUUCUAUAGUCUUUUGCAGCAACAAUGAUUUGAGCAUGCCGCGCUCGAAUUGCUUAGAGGCUUAG